ACCUAACCUCACUUUUGUUUUUUAAAAGUUUUAUUUUGAGGUAUUUUUCCUUUUAAAAUGCCUCCCCAAACUCCAACUUUAACAAAAAAACAACAAAAGGCCACUUUAUCAGCGAAAAAAGGGAAAACUAAAGUUACCAUACGGAAUGUAUUAGCUACGCCAUUCAAAAAAUAUUGGCCUUUAGUUUCACAAGACCAAGCAACAAUUUUACACGAAGCCAUAUCCAAAGAGCUACCGAAAAUAGUGUUGGAUAAACUAAAAAUCCCUUGGCAGGAGCUCAAAAAAAUACCCAAACAAGAACGCAAACAAAAACAACCAACCCAAGAAAUAAGGCAGGGUUUAGCUUUUGGUAUCAACGACACAUCUAAAGCUAUAGAAAAAGGAAUUGCCAGCUCGAUUUUGAUCGCCAACGAAGUCAAACCAAAACUAAUGGUGGAACAUUUAUUAGAUUCAAGUGUAUUGCUAAGAAUCCCCACUUUAGUAGUACCAGGGUUAAGGGACAUUUUGAAAACAACCUGUGGCAUUUCAAGUGCCGCCUUAGCUUUAACCGACACAGAAAAAUUCAAAGAGCUUCAAUUAAUUGUAAAGAAUUUACAUGAAAAAUAUCCAGUGCCAAAAAGGCAUAUUAAUUAUCAAAGGUCUUUAAUUGACGAGGAUCAAACAAAUAAUCAAUCUGUAGUUGUUAUUGAGGAUGAAGAUUGUCCAAAAACAACUGAGGAUUCUGUUAUUGUUGUUGAGGAUCCUAUGGUUGUUAUUGAUGAUGACAAUGAAAAAUCUACUGUAUAUCUUUACAGAGAUAGUAAAAAUAAAAGAGUAUUUGUGCCGAGCAAAAGUGAUGCUGGGCCAAUAAUUGGAGAAGUUGCUACCAAUUUAUUUUUAUCAUUAUGUGAUGUUGAUUCUCCACCUAAGAAGCUUUACAAAUCUUUAAAGGUUCGGAGGAUUAAAGGAAAUCAUAAUCGGAAUAAGAUGAAAAUUGGACAAAUCAAAGAAAAGAGGACAGGGAAGAAAAAGAAAAAGAAACAAAAAUAAAAAUAAUGUAGAUAAUAAUUUUAGGUCUUUGUGAGAAAAAUAUAAAU